AUGACCCCGGACGAGAAGCGCAAGGCCGAUGUGGCUCGUCUACGCUCCAUCAUGGGUGACGGACUCGAUCAGUCAUUCUGGUCCAAAGCAUGGCAGGCCAAGGCCACUCCAUGGGACAAAGGCUCACCUCAACCAUCUCUGAUUAAUUUCCUCACCAAGACCGACGCAGGCAAAGCUCUAGUGGCGGCUGAAGGCAGCAAAGGCAGCGCUCUCGUUCCCGGAGCGGGGACAGGGUACGACGUGGAAGUCUUUGCGUCCUUGGGCUGGUCUAAAGCAGUUGGAGUAGACAUCGCACCGGAAGCCGUCGAAUCGGGCAAACGCUGGCUGGCAGAGCGAGAACACAAGCCGUACCAUGAAGAGAUGCAUUUCAAGGUGGCCGAUUUCUUCGAGGAUCCCAAGGGGGAACUGACGGGCUUUGACCUGGCGUACGAUUAUACGUUCUUCUGCGCCAUCCCACCGAGCUUGAGACCGAAGUGGGGAGAGGCGUAUGCGAGGAGCGUGAAGAGUGGGGGGCAUCUGAUUUGCUUGGUCUUCCCUAUUGAGGGGGACCGCCCCAACGGGCCGCCCUACUCGGUCUCGCCCGAGCUGAUCACUCAGUUCCUCGAGCCGCACUUUGAGCUUCAGUGGCAAGGCGUGCCCCCCGAUCAGCCAGAAGAGCGCAAGAACAUCGAACAGGUCAUGCUUUGGAAGCGCAAGCAGGCUCGAGGAUGA